UAAACAGUCGUGAUCUCAGAAAGACGUGUCUGAUGUCAACGAGCGCUUAAAUUUAAUUUGUCUUGAAAGAAAAAAGAAACAAACUAAAUAAUUAGAGAAUAUUUAAUACAAGUGUUUUUUAGUUUUUUUGCCUUUGUAAUAACAUGACAAGCAAAAGAGAGAGCAAACAAUUUAAAAAUUAGCAAAAAUUAAUCAGGCAAUCAUUUAAUUAAAAACAAAUUUUCCAAUUACUAUUGGAAAAACACUUAAUAAAAAUUAAACAAGUGCUAAGGAAUAUUAUACAAUAAAUAAAUAAAGAUCAAUUUACCAACAAAAGGAAUAUUAACUAAAAAAUAAUAGUGCAAUGUUUUAAAUAAUAAAAAAAUAAGAAAAAUUUAAAAGGAAAUUAAAACAAAAAUAUUUUAACAAAAUUUAUUUCCCUGUUGUGUUUAAUAAAAAAGACUGUUAACAGCAUUAAUUGCAAAUUAAAACUACAAACUUUAUGUUGAAAUUGUCAUCUUCAGGAAUGACAGUCACUGGUUUACGUGCGAAUAUGACUAGCCCGACGGUACCGCCGCAAACUGCUAUGAACACUACAACCAGCUCCACAACAGUUGUGGUGCAACCACUUAACACAACAACUACUGCAUCAGCACUGGGGGCCAACACACCCACCUCGCCCUCGGCCUUAAUCAUGGCCCAUCAACAGCAUUUAAGGAAUUUACAGCAUUCCCAUCAUGCCAUCAACAAAACCACAUCGAGACUUAGUAAUUUUAGUGUGGCCUCUUUGCUGGCCGACACCAGACCACGUACCCCGCCCUGUAGCGGAGACAAUGGCUCACAAACGGCACCCACAAAUCUAUCGAGUACUCCAUCGGCCGCUACUUCACCCGUGUCACAUGAAUCGAACUCUUCACCCGCCUCGCCAAAUCAUCAUGCUCACCAACACAACCAGCCCCAGCAACAUCCCCAGUUCCAUUCCGUGGCCAUGGCUCACCAUGCCAACUUACUACAUGCAGCCCAAGCGGCAGCAGCAGCUCAUGCCCAACAUCAACAUGCGGCCGCUAUGGCAGCGGCGGCAGCUGCUGUUGGUGCCAGCAAUCCCAAUGGAGCACCUCACUUAACACAUCAUUUGCCUAAUCACUUAAGACAUCCGCUAAAUCCCAGUGGCAUGCCACCAGCCGGUUCCCUACUCAUACAAACCAACACCUCUCCCUCACCAAAUAGCAACAAUCCCACAACCACAACACCGCCCGCUUCUUCAGCCAGUUCCACCGCCAACACCGAGUGCAAUGUCAAUUCAACUACCUCCACACAGCCGACGGCGAAAAGUGAACGUCACUCGCCCAUAGGUUCCUCCAUAGACUCUGAAUUGGAAUACGAUGAUGAGUUGAAUGAACAGGAUUUGGAACAUGAUGAAGAAGAGGAUUCAAUAGUCGAUAUCGAAGAUAUGAAUGCUGAUGACUCGCCUCGUUCCACACCCGAUGGCUUGGAUUCAAGUAAAUCUCCUGAUGGUCAUGGUUCUCUGCCAAAUUCACCUCAUUUAUUGUCACCCGCCGCUUUAGCAGCUUCUGGCCAUGUGCCCAUCAGACCGACACCAUUUAGUGCUUUAGCUGCCGCAGCCGUUGCCUGGGGUGGUAUUGGUGGUGCUGGUGUACCUUGGCCAGGUGCCCGUCAAAUGCCACCCUUUGGACCACCAGGUUUAUUUCCCGGACAAGGUUUCGGUGGAGGAGACAAUAAUGAACCUCCUCGCAUUAAAUGUAAUUUGCGCAAACACAAGCCAAAUCGUAAGCCCCGCACCCCUUUCACAACCCAACAGCUGUUAUCGCUGGAAAAGAAAUUCCGCGAGAAACAAUAUUUGAGCAUAGCGGAGAGAGCGGAGUUUUCUUCAUCUUUAAGAUUGACUGAGACACAAGUGAAAAUUUGGUUUCAAAAUCGUCGUGCCAAGGCGAAACGUUUGCAGGAAGCGGAAAUUGAAAAAAUUAAAAUGGCUGCUUUAGGUCGUGGUGGUCCAGGGGCUCAAUGGGCCAUGGCUGGUUAUUUUCAUCCCAGUUUAAUGCAUUUGGGUUAGAAACAACUUGAGACCUAAACCUCUACAACACACCAAAGUUCUCCCCCUUCUCCCCCUAAACUUUACUGCUACAAAUUUUUCCUUAAAGAAAUAUCGCCCCCCAAUCGUGCGCCUAUAAUUUUUUUUAAUUAAAAAACCUUAAAAUAAACCCCAAAUUGCUGUGAUGUUAGCGCAUUUUAAUUGUAAAUAUUUUACUUAAAACCAACAAAAACAAUUCAACAAACUGUAAAUUUUUGUAAAUUAAAUAACAGAAUCUAGAUCUUAAAAACAACAAACAAACAGAAAGCACUAAAUAUGAUUCCUAAAUUGUAAAGCUAAAAAAACAACAUAAAUUAUUAAACAAAUUUAUGUUAAUUGUACAGAAUAAAUAAUAGUCUUCUUUUAUAAAACAAAAAUUCUUUUUAAAUUAUUAUUUUCUUUAAAGAAAACUAUUUUAUGUUUUUUAUUAUUUAAUUAUUAUUUUAUGCAAAACUAAUUAUUAUUGUUUAUUUUUUAUUAAAUUGUAUUGUAAAAAUGUUUAUAAGUACAACCUUUGUAAUUAUGUAUUAAUUUUAAAAUAAUUAUUAAAUUAAUAAAAACAAAACUCUAGUGUUAAAUUAUUGACUAAAGAAUUAAAUCAUAAAUAAUUAUGAAGCAUUUUACUGCUUCAAAGUUAAAAGAAAACAACAACAAAAAUAAUGCAAAUAAAUCACAGUAAAUUCAAUAAAAUUAUAAUAGAAUUUAUAAAUUAUAGUUAUUAUCAUUAUUAAUUAAUGAAUUUAAUAAUUAAAUAAAUGAACUAUGCAUUAAUUAAUUAUUUAAUUAUUAAUAAUGCUGAAUUUAGUUGUUAAGUAAACAGUAUCUGUACGU